CUUCGCAAUGACUUGCUACAUCUUUCUCCUUGUAAGUCUUCAAGCAUUCCAUAAUGACUUGUAGUACAGCUUCAUAGCGAAAUUUAAGCUUACGUCUGUUCUGCUUUUUGCUGAAGGUUACAAAGAAAUCAAAUGUCCAAAGCUGGGGAAUGAUGAACUAGACGCAGAUUACAGAGAGAGACUAAGAAAUGUCAUGGCUGAUUUUGCACCAAAAGCGAGUGGCGAGGAUCCAGCUCUCUUAGGAAAAAAUCUGAAGUUUGUUCGUAACACGCAAACGAUCGACGAAUCGGUGAAGGAUAAGCUGACUACCUAUACUAUCACAAUACUUGAGAAGUGUGGUGGCGAGAUUCCAAAAGAAGCCAAAAAAGUCGGUUGUAAUUUCGUCAAGGAAGGCACUACCUACAAUACUUUAUGUCUUUUCAAGCUCUAA